AGCCGAAACGUUUGUCUGUUUGUUGCGAUUACGCGGCGCAUUAAGUGAGAGAUUUACAAAAAAAAAAAACAAAAAAAAAAAAACAAAAGCAAACAUAAUGCUGAGACCAGGUCCAUUUCACAUAAGCCUUGCCUUGCUGCUUUUGUGCCAGGCCCUGGCCGUUGAGUACUCCAAUCCCAAGUCGCAAGUGGAAUAUAUAAGUGUACACCCAGGCGAUAAGCCGAAUAUUGUGCCUAUCACACGACCUCCACUGCUCAACCAAACGCCACCGCCGCCGCCGGGCAAUUCCAAGAACUUUGCCUAUAAUCCAAACACGCAAACCUGGACCAAGAUUUCGGCACACGAUCCACAGCCGGAUGAGGAUACUUUGAUUUGGAAUCAAAGCAAUGAUAAGUGGCUAACCAACGUCCCGGGAUCUUAGAGAUAUGUUAAGUAGAAGUGAAAAGGAAAACAUAAAGCAUUCAUCACAAAUAUACAAAAAAAAUUUACUUUCACGUUAAUUUUUUAAAUAUAAACACAAGCUUUUGCCUAUUUACGUAUUUGCAUUAUAGAA